AUGCAAGAACUGAAGGCGUUUGACGAAUCCAAAGCCGGAGUCAAAGGCGUCGUUGACUCCGGAAUCACAAAGGUACCCCGGAUCUUCGUUCGCCCGCCGGAAGAUCUCGCUGCCGACCAUCCAGUCGCGGCCCCGCCAAUCACAUCCGACUUCGCAAUCCCGGUCAUAGACCUCGCCGGAGCCACCGCCAGCUGCCGCAGAGCGGAGGUGGUCGACGCCGUCAGGGUGGUGAACCACGGCGUGCCGGCAAGGGUGCUGGAGGGAAUGUUGAAGGCGGCACGUGAUUUCCACGAGCUGCCUACGGCGGAGAAGGCUGAGUUGUACUCGCGGGAGUAUGGACGGAGAGUGAAGUUUGGUAGCAACUUCGAUUUGUAUAAGACGAGCUAUGCUAAUUGGAGGGACACCCUCACAUGUUUGAUGGACCGUGAGCCCUUCGAUCAGUCAGAGCUUCCAACAAUCUGCAGAGAAUUAACAAUGGAGUACUGGAAGCAUAUGGGGAGAUUGGGGACUACUUUGUUUGAAUUACUGUCAGAGGCACUUGGGCUCGAACCAGACCAUCUCACAGCUAUGGAUUGUGCGAAGGGGAGGGUGAUUUUGAGUCACUACUACCCUGCGUGCCCCGAGCCAGAGCUAGCCAUGGGCACCAGCAAGCACAGUGACCCUGAUUUCCUGACAGUCCUACUACAAGACCACAUUGGUGGGCUCCAACUGCUUUAUCAAGACAAAUGGAUUGAUGUUCCUCCAGUGGAUGGAGCUCUUAUAGUCAAUAUCGGAGAUCUCUUACAGCUCAUAUCGAAUGACAGGUUCAAAAGCGUUGACCACAGGGUUCUGGCGAACGAUGCAGGGCCGAGAAUUUCAGUGGCUUGUCUAUUCAGAACACAUCAGACAUCAAGACUGUAUGGGCCAAUCAAGGAGCUGGUUUCCGCCGCAAAUCCACCAAUCUACAAGGAAACUACGGUGGAUGACUACCUGAAAUACUACUACGAGAAAGGGCUUGACGGCGUUCCUUCUCUCGUGCAUUUCAAGCUCUGCCCUUGA